CCCACAUAUCUUCUAUACACAAGGAUCAAUAUGAACGAUCAACAGUGGAAAAAUCUUUCGUCGCAAUUAAAACGUCGUGCCGCUCAAGCUGGGGGUUCAUCUUCUGGUCCUAAGUCACCAAUGGGUGCCUUUGCUGGAUUGGGUGGACUCUUGUUACUUGGAGGUGUUUCUCUUUUCGCACAAAACGCCCUCUUUAAUGUUGAUGGUGGUCAAAGAGCUAUUGUCUAUUCAAGACUCAAUGGUGUCCAGCCAACCAUCUACAACGAAGGAACUCAUUUCAUUGUGCCCUGGUUGCAAAGACCGGUUGUUUAUGAUGUUAGAGCUAAGCCAAGAAACGUUGCCUCUCUUACUGGUACCAAAGAUUUACAAAUGGUUAACAUAACGUGCAGAGUUUUAUUCAAACCAAAUGUCCAUCAACUCCCAAACAUCUACAGAACUCUUGGUGUUGAUUACGAUGAAAAGGUUUUACCUUCCAUUGUCAAUGAAGUUCUUAAAUCUGUUGUUGCUCAAUUUAAUGCUUCUCAACUUAUUACCCUGAGAGAAAAAGUUUCCCGUCUUGUGAAGGAAAAUUUGAUUCGUAGAGCUUCUAAGUUCAACAUUGAAUUAGAUGAUGUUUCCUUAACUUAUAUGACCUUUUCCCCUGAAUUCAGUGCUGCUGUUGAAGCCAAGCAAAUUGCACAACAAGAUGCUCAAAGAGCUGCGUUUGUAGUUGACAAAGCUAUUCAAGAAAAGCAACAAUUGGUUGUUAAGGCUUCUGGUGAAGCCAAGUCUGCUGAAUUGAUUGGUGAAGCCAUCAAGAAGUCCAGAGAUUAUGUUGAGUUGAAGAGAUUGGAUACUGCUAAGGAAAUUGCCACUAUUUUGGCAAACUCUCCAAACAGAAUCUUGUUGGAUAAUGACACCUUGUUAUUGAACACAGUUGUUGAUGGAAGAAAAUAAGAGUUGAAUGCUAUUAACUCUACUAUGUACAAAGAUAGAAAUGAACAAAUAAGAAAAGAAGAAGAAAUGUAGUGAAU